UAACACGUGGAGAUGUUACUGAAAGUUUAAUUAGGAUUGGGACUGCGUGUUCUUUCUUCUGUCUUUCCAGUUGCUUCUUAAACUGUCGGAUGGGAUAUUGUUUUAUUCACUAAGAAGGAAUGACUCCAUUUGUAUGAAGUUAUAUGCAGAAGCUUAGUUUGAUCUUGUUCAACAAUGCUCUUUACACGUACAUAUGGCUUGUUCAAAAAUUGAAACUAAAGGUUCUGUGGCCAAAAGAUCCAUUGAUAUCAGUAACAUGUACUAAUGCAAUACAGCGGUGGAGAGACGUUUAAAUGAUUUCUCGAAGAUUUGCAGGACUUUAUGCAAAUAUCUCAACAAACAGAACUAUGCCGAAAAACAAGACAGCCAAGAAAUCCUCCAUACCCACUGAGACAACUCAGAUACAAGGACCUGUUAGGGAGAACAAGAAUGGGUGCUUCACUAUACAUAUACAGGCAAAACCAGGAGCCCAGCAAAACAACAUAACUGAUAUUGGAAAGGAAAGUAUCGGAAUCCAGAUAGCUGCCCCUCCUGUUGAUGGGGAGGCGAACACCGAGCUGAUUAAAUAUCUAUCAAAAGUUUUGUCCGUGAGGAAAUCAGACCUUAGUCUUCAAACAGGGUCCAAAUCCAGGAGUAAAAGCAUCUCUAUCACAUCUGCCUCACUGAGUAAAGACCAAAUCCUGGACAUUCUGAAAAGCCAUCUAGAAGAGAGAUGACACGUUUGUAUCUCCAGGAGAGAGGGAUCAUCCGUUAAUCAUGGGAACAGUAGAUACAGCCCUUACGCAAUUUGGAAAGUUGUUCAUCAUCUUUUCUUCUUUCUUCUCUAGAGUUUGAAGAAAAGUGGUUUUCAUUUUGCAAGAAUCUUGCAGUAUUCUGGGAGCUGUAAUAGGAAAAGUACAUUUUCCAGAACUCUUUGUUUUUGGGGUUUUUUUUAGGUAUUAUACAUGCUAUCGCAGUUAUGUCUGUUGACAAUAAACCCAUCACAAGAUGUGAUU